AUGAUAUCGGAUCGGAAUUUCUUGAAUUUCGUGACAGAGGAACUAAAAAAUCCUAACAGAAAUCUUCCAUCAGCCAUCAUAAUUGCAAUGCCAAUAGUGACUUUAGUUUAUUUGUUGACAAACGUAGCUUUUUUAGCGGUUUUAUCUCCUUCUGAAAUAAAGACAUCUUUAGCCGUUGCAUUUGAUUUCUCGUUCAAAAUUGACCCAAGAUUGGCCUGGAUUAUGCCAUUUUUCGUUGCUUUAUCCGCCAUCGGCAGCGCGAAUGGAAUAUUAUUUACCUCAGGAAGGAUUUUAUUAAUAGGAACACAAGAAAAACAACUGCCAGAGGUUUUUGCCAUGAUACACGGGAAAUAUUUCACGCCAAUACCUGCAAUAUUAAUCUUAGUUUGUUUUUUGACAAUGAUUUAUUCGUAUGAUUUGGUCUGA